CCUCGCCCCACUUUUUGUUUGUUUUUAUGUGCUAUCGUCCCAAAAUCACACUUUGUGCAAGCCGUUUCGGCUCUGGCGCGUCGACGGCAGCAGCUUGCGGUUCCCGAGCGGGCAUUCGAGACAAGAGCAGCCAUGGCGGCAAUUUCAGUUUUGAUCAGCGCCGCCAGCCUCGUUUGUGCUCACGCAGCCGAGGCCGAUAAGCCCUUGGAGUUCAAUGGGGUCGUUGUGGCCGCGGGCCUUGCCGCGGUCAUUGCUACGGGGGUGGGCCUCAUGAUCUAUCAGACGCCCAAGGACAUGCGCGGGCCUGCCAAAAUGUUCAAGGUCAAGACUUUGAACGGAAUCGAGUCAUUGCCCCAGGUGAUCCUUCCCAACGUACUCCCCGCCGCGACUGUGACGAUGGUGGCCGUCCCCCUCAGCCUGGCUCUCGGCAUUGCCACUGGCACAACGCCGAUGACGGCUAUUGCCACUGCCAUCGUUGCCGGCCUCGUGAGCGGCGCCUUCGGGGAUUCGGCCUUCAACAUUGUGGGCCCCGCCGGGGCGCUUGUGGGCAUCCUCAUGCGCUUCACGGCCACAUACGGCGCAGAGGUCCUUCCAUGGCUCUCCUUGAUGUCCGGGUGCAUGAUCGUUCUCACGAUCCUUCUCCGUCUUCACGAAUACUGCAUGUUCAUGCCUAAGGCAGUCUUUGAGGGCUUCACUGUGAGUGUGGCGCUCACCAUCGGCUUUGGCCAGACAGACUUCGCCUUGGGCCUCAGCUCGAAGGCCCCGGUCAAGAUUGAGGGUCUCGAGCUCUCCCCGGGGAUCUGGAAGUUGGGCGCGUCCAUCAGCGCCAUUUCAACCAUCCAGGCACCGAGCACUAUAUUCUUCCUUGUCGGCUUCACUACGAUGUACGUUCUCUUCAAGAUAAAGCCCUCGAUCCCCUGGAUGGUGCCCUUCGCUUUCGUUGCUUGUCUCAUUGGCGCUCUGUGCGACGAGGACGCGCUGGGUGUCGUCCCGCUGGACCUCCCCAAUUUGAGGUCCAAGUAUGGGACUCUGACCUUCUGGGCGGUUCAGGGGUUGAAGCCCCUGACGCAGAUAGUUGCGGAUGCCAACGAUGGAGAGGGGGGCAGCUACGGGGAACUAUUGAUGGGUGCUCUCUCCGUCACGAUUGUGGCAGUCCUGGAGACGCUGAUCAGCGCCCAGAUCGCGAAGACCCGUUCAAAGAUGCCGUACGACGAUGUGAAAGAGCUCCAGGGUCUGGCCUUGAGCCAUUUUGCAUGUGGGAUCUGCGGCCUCAUGCCUCCCACCGGCGUCUUCGUACGCACCAGCGUGAACUUGUCCACUGGGGCCACUCACAAGACGUCGCAGUUCAUCCAAGGUUUCUUGGUCUUCAUAUUCGCCGCAGUUGCCAUGAAGUUCGUGUCCUACAUCCCCCAGGGCGGCAUUGCGGCCAUCCUCGUCAUGUCGUGCUUCCGCAUGGUGCCGUGGGGCUACGUGCAGAAGUUGUGGAACGAGCAGAAGUGGCACUUUGGGCUCCUCUGCGUGGUGGCUCUGGUGUGCUGGAUCGUCGACUCCGUGACCGGGCUUGUCGUCGGCACGAUGGUGGCCCUGCUCGUCACCGGCAAGGAGACCGCGCGCGCCCACGCAGAGGUCUCGAUCACGGCGGCGGGCAACAAGCGGCUCGCGGACGGGUCUCCCGAGAUGAUCUCCAUCGAUGCCCUCAAGGUCGACAAGGUGGACCUGGCGCGCAAGGAGCGGGAGGACUCGGACUCCUCGGAGGAUGAGUCCUCCGAGGAGUCGGAGCUGGAGUCGCAGUUGGCCAGCGCGAAGCCGAACUACUCGCACAUGGCGUACGCCCCCGAGUUCGACCAGUUCAGCCGCGCGGCGCCCGGCCGGCAGUACUCGCCCGGCAGCGACUUCGGCCGGCAGGAGAGCGUCACGCCCGAGCUGUUCGCGAGCGAGGGCAGGGAGACCCCGUCUCACGCCGACGGUGCGCGGCGACCGCGUCUUCCUCUACAAGUUCCUCGGGCAGCUGGACUUCUUGGCCGGGGACCGGCACGUGGAUCGCAUCCAGGGCAUCCUCAAGUCUGGGCCCAAGGCCGUAGUGCUCGCCAUGCAGAACGUGCCCUGGGUGGAUCCCGACGGUCUGGAGGCCCUGCGGGACAUCGUCGCGAUGCUCGACGAUAACGACGUGAAGGCCUACCUGGCCUGUCCCCGCCCGAAGGUCACAGAGGUCCUGGAGAUGGAGGCGUGGUACCAAGAGAAGAUGGGCAGCGACGAUUUUGUCCACUCCACGGAGAUCUGAAGUCUGCCCUCAUCUUCGCGGUGGGCAAGUCCCAGGGCGGCGCCGCCGCUCCGAGCAACAUGUUGACGGGCGCCUAACUUCCACGGGCAGGGCAAAGGGUGAUCCUCCAGGCUGAUCUGGGAAUUCCGGCCCGGUCGAGGGCGCAUUUUUCCAUAGGCCUCAGUUUUCUGUUCGUUUCGCGAACGCCGCGAGCCGUAGGCGAGAGAGCAGCCUGGAAGCUGUUGGCGAUCUGGAUGCAGUUCGAGCGGUUCGUAGUUGGACUCAUCUCGACGACGUCCAGGAUCCUCGGGGUGAAUUGUGGAGGGAUGUUUCCCGAGGAGCGUGGUUGUCGGCUGCCUUCCUGGGAGGAUGUCUUUCCAAGGGAGUCCAGGAUGAAAUCGUCUUGAGCUCCGUGAUCUCACACGCCCUUUGACUCCAAGUGGUCGGCGGAGUUUCAGACGUAUUUCAGAGGUCGGAUUUGCCUUCUAAUCAGAGGUCGCAAGCAUCAUGCCAUCGCACGGCGCAGUAUUUCAGGUUAUCUCACAGAGGCCUGCGUGGGCAUCAUUUCGGCUUCCUUUUUCAAGCUCCGCGGGUGACGAUCGUCACACUGAUUUUGAAGGCAGCGUGUUGUUCGGGGACGGGCAUGCGGCGGGUCCAAAUGAAGACAGCCGAGCUGCUCAUGUCUUUCGAGCACUCGCCCCAAAUAGUCAGAUCACUCGAGUUAAUCAUUUUUUCCGAAUCGUGCGAUGGUAGUCAGGAUGUCCUCGGUGCGUUCUGCACCGUCGAGCCAGUGUUCACAUCAACUGACCCUCCGUGCUGUGCCUCUCAUCAGAGACGCGAUCACGCGGUGCUCGGUA